UCUACCUUGCCGAGUGCAUGUCUGGGGACAACGCUUCACCACGAGACGAGUCGCAACCUGCGCCGGCGCCCGCAAGACGUCGUAAACCUCGUCCAAGUCGAGGCAAAGGUCUCCGAACAACGACUGGAUGGUUCGCUACAUGUCGCAUCUUGACCACUGACGCGCUGCUGACUCGGCAUUUCGCANGUGUUGUAUGCCGAACUCGUCAUAUGAAAUGCGACGAGAAGAGACCAACCUGUUCGGCUUGCCUCAAGAGCAAGCGCCAAUGUAUAUAUGCCACAGCCAAUCGUGAACCUCAGGACAGACAAGGCUCUAUCGCGACAGCUCCAAGCUCUGCCAGCUCACCUGCUGUUGCUCAAGAACCAGGUCUUGAUGAUACUCNNCAAAGAUNNGCAGAGCCUGGUGCUACUAGGCACCAGCUGCCCGCUCCGCAUGGAUCACCUUACCGAGAGAACAUUGAUACACCUCUUCACCCCGUGCCUCCCAAUAUUCAUGCCCCUGACUUUGUCAGGCAGCUUGAAANNGACAAUCAAAUCUCAAGUCCUCGAUCAACUUUAAGUGGGAGCACUUACGCUGCCGAUAUCGCACCCCUCAGAUGGUUCGGUUUACUCGCUGGAGACGCAACAAAUGCAGACUGGAACUUCAAUCCCAUCUCGCCGAACCUCAUUACAUCCCAAAGCAACGCCUCUAACAAUGUAGCUCAGUAUACCAGUGUAAGUUCAUUUGCUCGGCCUUCCGGCCUCAUUCAAGGAUCAUAUACGCCUUCAAUCAUCCCACACGAAGUAGUCGCUCUGUCAGAUCUGGAAGUUUCUCUGUUCAAAUAUUUCGUUACACGCUUUAGCCGCUGGAUCGAUCUGACAGACCCUCAUCGUCACUUCUCGGUUAUGGUACCCCAUCUUGCCUUGCGAAACCAAGGUCUGAUGAAAGCGAUACUGGCUCUCUGCGCAAGGCACCUGUCAAUCAAGCCGCUACCGGACUUAGCUCCUGACCGUACACUUGCAGUGCAAUAUUACUAUGAAACACUUCAAUACCUUCAGCAGGCCAUGAAGAGCGAAGCAUAUCUCCGUAGCGAAGAGCUCCUGGUCACAUGCUUGAUCAUCAGUACCUACGAGAUGAUUGAUGGGGAGGGUCAAAGUUGGGAACGACAUCUAAGAGGCAUCUUUUGGGUGCAAAGAUCUCGUGAGAUCAACGGCGAGUCUGGAGGUCUAAAUCAGGCUAUAUGGUGGGCUUGGCUGCGUCAAGAUGUCUGGGCCGCCUUUCGGGAAGGCCGCAAAGUCUUAAGCUUCUUCAAGCCUACCAAGCCAUACUACGCUAUGGAUCACUGGGAUAUUGCCGCAAGAUGUGUCUACUUGGUGGCACAAUGCGUCAACUACAGCUCAGAGCAGGAGGUCGAAGCUGGCAAGAAUGACCUGAUCAUGCGGUUGGCCAAAGCCGACGAACUGUCAACAAAGUUGGAAGACUGGUAUCAGCAUCUGACAAGCCAUUUCAACCCUUUACCUUGUCUGAACACCUCUCCCGGACCAUUCAAACCUAUAUGGAUACAUCCUCCUGUAUUCGCAGCUGGCCUGCAGCUCUAUCAUUUCGCAAAGAUUCUCCUACAGAUAUGUACUCCUGCAGCUGGAGGACUCAAAGAAUACGUGUCAAGAGAGCGUGCCCUCAACGAAUCGGUCGACGUGAUUUGUGGUAUUGCUCUUGCUACCGAGGACGAUGCGGCCAUGGUCAUAUCCACGCAGUGUAUCUUUGCUGCCGGUCUACAUACGCAAGACCCGGUCAAGAGAGCUGCCAUUCUAGAAAUGAUUGCCCAAUCUCAAAAUCGCACUGGCUGGCCAGUUCACGAUCUUCGCGUCGACUUAGAAUCAGAAUGGACCAAAACGGACCAUCCGGCA